CAUUCGUGCAGAAAACACUGUUGUACACUACUCGAGUAUAGCUGCUCGAAUGAUUUUGCAUAGUUUUAUCGGUUUUAUCAUUUGUGCCGACACACCCUGUAAAGAGUUCAUUAUACACAAACUGUCAUGAAACAAAUGAACACAAACAAAACGGAUGCAUCUUCUGCUGAUUUGCAGCAGCUGGCUGCAGUCUACUUUUGCUGAUUCUUUGCACUCUCCAAAAAGUUUGUUUCGAAAGUGAAAAUUCUUCGUUCAUGUAGUGCAAAAGGACACACCCGAGCAUGGAAUUCUACUCCACCAUUUGUCGGCUGUGCGAAUCGCCGGGUCAAGCCGGUAGCACCUGGAUCGAGCUGUACGCCAAUAGUGAAGAUCUGCCGCAGAAGAUCCGGGCGUGUGCCAACGUUAUGAUCGACGAGCACGACCAACUUCCGCAGCGCAUCUGCAACCGAUGCCACCAGGCGGUGGAACAGGCGUACAGUUUCCGGCUGCAGUGCGAGAUAACGGACGCCAAGCUGCGGCAUGAAGUUGCCUUCAUUAGACAGAGCGAUUGCGUGGGAAAGGCGGAGGUGGCGCCGUUUGACUACGGCCAUUUCCUGGAGGCACGGGAUCAGCCCAAGACGGAUGUGGUGGCGGCUUUGGGUGCCGAGAAGGUUUAUGUGAAAACCGAACCGGAGGAGGGGCAGCCGGAGGAGGAGGUGGAACUGGAUGUUCCGCUGAUCGAUGCCUUCAAUGUGGAGACGGAGCUGAGGGAGGACAGCGAGUCGGAGAAGGAAGCCGAGGCGGAUGCCGGGAAGAAAGAUGCUGGGAAGGAUGAAGCUAAAUCAGGCGGUUCGGAAAGUGAAGAUGACUCCGACUGGUUCGACAAAGCCAUUUCCGGUCCUCCGCGAGAGAAAAAGAAAAGAAACAGAUCCAGCAACAUGUGCGACAUCUGUGGAGAGAAGUUUGUCCGAAAGUACGAUUUGUAUACACACAAAAAAGCCGCUCACGGUAAGACCCAAUACCAGUGUAAGGAGUGCAACAAGUGUUUCUCGAGAAGAUCCCGCCUGGAAGAUCACGAAAUCCUACAUACCGGCAUCCGGCAGUUUGAAUGUCCGGAAUGCGACAAAAAGUAUGCUACCCAGUCGGGGCUGAGGACCCAUAUAGAGGAUGUGCACACGGAAAACCUCCCGUUCGUGUGCGACAAAUGUGGCAAGGGUUUCUCCAAGGAGGGCAAACUGCGGUAUCACUAUGCGGUUCAUAUCGAAACGCGCGACUUCAUAUGUGACAUCUGCGAGAAGGGUUUCAAGACGCCGGCCCAUCUGAAUUUGCACAAAAGCACUCAUCUGCCGCAGGAUAAGAAGCGGAAACGGAAGACAAGGGAUCGACGGAAGACUUGCGUAUGUCCUUUUUGCGGGAAGAUUUCCACCACGAUCAAUACGCAUACCAUGCACCUGCGGACACAUACGGGUGAGCAACGCUACGAGUGUCACAUCUGCUUCAAGCGAUUCACCUCGUCCGGAUCGCACAAAAAGCACCUGCGGGUCCAUUCCGGCGAGAAACCGUACGUGUGCCAGUACUGCCAGAAGCCGUUCCGCCAGAAGCACCACAUGGACACGCACAUCCGGGGGGUUCACACCAAUGAGAAGCCCUACCAGUGCAAGUACUGCCCGCGGGCCUUCGCCACCCUAGGGAAUAUGCGACUGCACGAGAAGAGUCACGGUGAACCGGCUUCCGUUGUAAAACCGGGACAGGAGGGUGGGUUUCCGGAUGGCAGUUCCAUACACAGUCCGGCGUCGCAGUCUUCGUCCGUGAUGAUGAUUAGCAGUAAUACGCAGUCGCCGAUGAUGAAUCCGGGCAUCAUGAUUCCUCCAACCACGUCCGGGUUCAAUCUGUACUUUACCAAUGCAACUCAAUAA